AUGUUACAGGAGAAGUUGGAGAGCAAAUUAGACCUCCAUACCCUGCGGUCAGACAAUCAGGACGAAGGGGCGAUCGACAUACAGAGCGUUCGGAACGGAGACAAGGCCAGCCAGAUAAGACUCUCGAUUAAUUAUGAGUCACCGCCGGUCGACCUUCCCACAAAGCUCUACAUCCUAGUGACGUCGGGCUGUCUGCUGCAGUACGCCGGGGAAGGCCCGUCCGACAGACUACCGGAGAAGAUUCUGCAGCUUGGAAAAGAUUCUGCAGCAUUCGCUAUCCGACGCAACGUCCUUGAAAUCGCGGCAAGCUUCUGUGCGCCAGUCAACGGAUGCGCCGUCCGUGUCUACAACGACUGUGUCGAACGAGCAGGUACAACUCAACAAUCUGCGAGAAAGCUCGCGCCUAUCGAUCAUGUCUUCAGCAACGUCAGGCACGGGUACAAUAACGAUCGCAACAUCUCGCGCUUCCUCAGCGCCAACGUCGCCCGUAACAGACGCUUUUGCAAGUUCGGAUAG